GCGGUAAUCAAUUUUUAAAUUUCGAGGUUAUACUGUCUUAUAUAUUCAGUAUUAUAAUUUUGAGAAGCUGAUUUGACGCAAGAAAAGGAAAGUCUAAAAUGAAUUUGAUUUAAGAGUAAAUAGUAUAAAAAAAAUCACUUUGCUUGCCCACUUGGUUUACUUUUUACGGUACAACAUGGCGCUCCCCUUGCCACUCGUGAGACGAGAGCUAGCUAGAAGGUUCGAGCGCAUUCAUGUUGGUGUGUUUAUAGAGGGAGGGAGCUGUUUCUGAGCUCAGACAAAAACUUAACCUGUCUAAACUCUACGGUGGUUUAUAGACAACUCAAAGUUGUGAACAUCAUGUCAGAAGAUAGAAGAUAUCCCCAGAACCUCCAGGGGGUCCUUCAGCUCGCAGUGGAGGCUGGAUCCGCUGCAGAGGGUCCUGCCCCUCUUGAACCCAUGUCAGAGGAGAGGAAAACAUGGCUGAGAGAAGCUCUUACAGAAUUAUGCAAAGGGCAGUUGGAUGAAGUGGAGCAGAUGAAGCAGUGCUUGGCUGUCCUACAUAAAGAGGGGAGUGAAAGGGAGAGAGUUGGAGAGGAAGAGAGGGGAGAGGAUGAUGAGGAUGAUGAGCGGGAAACAGCCUUUGAGAUGCUGUCUGAGCUGUGUGAGAAUCUGGACAAUGCCAGAGACCUGAUGAUCCUUGGUGGGCUGGAGUUGUGUGUCUCCCAGUAUCUUAAUCACACCCAAAGUGGGUUGAGGUGGCGUGCUGCCCAGCUCAUUGCCUCCUGUGCCCAGAACAUGCCACAGCUGCAGGUCCACUUGCUUGGCAUCGGGGCUCUGCCAAAGCUGCUGCAGCUGACAGAUUCAGACCCAAACCCUACUGUCAGAGUGAAAGCUCUUUACGCUGUCUCAUGUCUGGUCCGAGAGCAGGAGGCAGGUCUCCAGGCCUUCCUGUCCCAUGAUGGGUUUUCAGUGCUGAUGCGAGGCAUGCAGUCGGAGAACGAGAAGCUCAGAACCAAGUCGGCUUUCUUGUUGCUCAAUCUGCUGACGUCACAUCCUGAACAGAAAGACACACUUGUCUCCAUGGGUAUGGUACAGCAGCUGGUAUCAGUGCUCCGCACACCACAUUCACCUGUCCAUGAACACGUGCUUGGUGCCCUUUGCUGUCUGGUGGAAGACUUUCCACAAGGGCUCAAAGACUGUAGGAAUCCUACUCUGGGUCUGGAGGAAUUACUCAAACAGAGAGCCAAAGAACUCCAAGGAAAAGCUGAAAGUCAGGAAGAGCUUGACUUCUGUGAGCGUCUCAGGGUUAUGUGUUUCUCGGGGCAGCACUCAGAUGACGUCGGGAUGGAUCGUUAAUUUGUUUUUUCGUUUCUGACCUCACCUGUUUUGGCAUCAGUAUGAAAAGAUGCAAUUGAGCAUUCAUAAGCUGGGUCAUGGAUGCUGAGCAAUGUUUUUUGUCUGUUAUGACAGUUGCAUGUAAUCCAGGACCUGGAUUUCACUGUGUAAAUAACUGUACUGUAUAUUGUAAUGUGUAAAAUAACUGUACUGUUAUUUCAGUCCAAUCUUUGACAUUUUUAAUAUCUUAAAUAGAAUUCCAAGCAUCUCCAUUACAGACAGUAUGUAAAGUCCUUCCUAUUUUAAUUGGUGUUAAUCUGUUUAAUCUGUGUUAUUUUCAUUGCUUUAAGGUUUACAGUCUUUCAUUUCAGUUGUCUUUUUCAGAAAACAGAACUCACAGUUACAGACAUAUUUAUUUGCUUUUAAUGAAACACAGGAUUGUUUAGAUACAUACAGUAUAAUGUGCAGUUCACAUCAUACCACCACAUGCACAAUCUACCUGUAAACAUGGAUGUCUAAGAAAAUACUUUGAUCAUUAAAUCACAGAAUGCAAAUAUUAUAAA